AUGUCGGGCGAAAAAAGGCCGGCUUCAGAAUCUUUUAAUCCUACAACCCAGCUUGUUGUAAAAAGACAGAAAUCAAACAGCGACCUCAAAUCCAAUGCCGUCACCUUGCGAUCUGGUCAAAAUGGCACCUUGGUACAAGCUAUUCCCAGAACUAGCGGGCUCGCAGCUCCAAUCAUGGAAUUAACAGGUCACUCUGGAGAGGUAUUUGCGACCCGAUUCGACCCUACAGCUCAAAGUAUCGCUUCCGGUUCUAUGGAUCGUACCAUCAUGCUAUGGCGUACCUACGAACAAUGCGAAAAUUACGGCGUUCUCACUGGGCACAAAGGCGCAGUUUUGGAUCUUCAAUGGUCUCGCGACUCCCGAUUCAUCUUCUCCGCUUCCGCAGACAUGACCGUAGCCAGCUGGGAUCUAGAGACUGGCCAACGAAUUAGAAAACAUGAGGGUCAUGAGGAGGUCAUUAAUUGCUUAGACAUCAGCAAACGUGGUCAGGAAUUGCUUGUUAGCGGUAGUGAUGAUGGCUAUAUUGGAAUAUGGGACCCACGACAAAAAGCGGCGCUUGAUUUCAUCGAGACGGAUUUCCCGAUUACGGCUGUCGCGUUAUCGGACGCCGGAAACGAGAUCUUUACUGGUGGUAUUGACAAUGAUAUCAAAGUCUGGGAUAUUCGAAAGAAGGCGGUCGUAUACUCAUUGAUCGGUCACAACGAUACUAUAACAUCCCUCCAAAUUUCGCCAGAUUCUCAGACCCUUCUAUCAAACUCUCAUGACUCUACUGUGCGCACAUGGGAUAUUCGACCUUUUGCACCAGCCGAUCGGGCAGUGCGGACUUUUGAUGGUGCACCAGUUGGUAUUGAGAAGAAUCUCAUUCGUGCCAGUUGGGACCCUAAAGGAGAGAAAAUCGCUGCCGGCAGCGGAGAUCGCAGUGUAGUGGUUUGGGAUGCAAAGUCGGGUAAGCUUUUGUAUAAGCUGCCUGGCCAUAAGGGAACCGUGAAUGACGUGCGGUUUUCUCCAAAUGAUGAGCCUAUUAUUGUAUCUGGGUCAUCUGACCGAAAUAUCAUGCUUGGAGAACUCGGUAAAUAG